UCUUCGUCUCCUACUACGUACUCUGACUUUAUUUUCAAAACUAAGACAACAGUACACAAAAGAAGAUGAAGCCAGAGGAGACAUUCGAGCAAGAAAAGGAAGAUCUGUAUCAGACAGAUGAAGAAGACGAAGAAAGCCAAGCCGGGAGCUCUGUUCCGUCAACUCCGUUAUCUCGUAAUGGAUCCAACAACGAUCCCGUUUCGUGGCCUAGAAGUUACCGACAAUCGAUGGAUAUGUUGACCGGAGUUACACCUCCGAUGAGGACAAGUUUUGUCUCUUCAUUUCACAGGAGGCGACAAAGCUCUGUUUCCGGUUCAUUUACUUCUUCCACAAGCAAACAGCAACUUCUCAUCGACAAAGACAAAGAUGAGAUCCAAAACAAUUUUGUCACAUCCAUCAAAUCAUUUCUUGCUUCUCAUCUCAAUCUAUCAGUCCCGGAGGAUCUUUCGUUCCCCCAAGAAACCCGCAGCUGCACGUUCUCUCAAUCCGUACUCAACGGUAAUAACUAUAUCUAUGAGUGUUUCAGUCUGGCUUUUUGGUUUAGUUCUUGUCAGUGUUUAGAAAUGUUCUGUAUGUAGUAAAAAUAAUCAAAUAGAUGUACUGAGUUUAGUAUAGGGUUAGUUUUUUUUGGCUUAACUAGUAUAGCUUUAGUUGCAAUUUAAUUAUUCAUCAAUAGUAUUUGGGCUUUUUGCAGAAUUGACUUAUAACUUAAAGUCAAACACAAAAUUAACCUUCUUUUUUU